UCCAUACAAAAAAUUGGCUCCUCUUUAUUGCAUCUUUACUCUAUUCCAUGAAAUACAUACAUCUUAGAUGUUAUACACUUGUCAUAUUUAAAACUUAUAAAUUUUGAUUAAAUUAAUUUAACAAUUUUUUAAUUAAUAAUAAUUAAAUAAUGAAUUAGGAAAAAGACUCACCAAUAUUGAUAAGAAAUACUUUUAUCUUCCAAAAAUUUUACCUCCAUAUUAAUAAUAUAUUUUAUUUUCAUAAUAUAUAUUUUACAUCCCUCAUAAAUAUCUUUGUCCUAAUCUAAUUUAAAGAAUUUUCCCUUUUUAUCUUUUAUUAGCUAACAAAAUAAACUAAAAAUAAAAAAUGUAAUGAUUAAAUACAUGCAUCUGACUACUAUUUUAACUCCAUUCGCAGGGGCAUUCCGGUAAUAUUCAAAGGGUAAGAAAAGAUUUGGUGUGAUAGCUCUAUAAAUAGGCAUGGAAAACCCUCAUUACUCACUCACUCUUGUUCCUCCUCAUCAAGAUGGUUAAAGGAAAAUCAAAAUGUUUAUUUUCUUCAAAAGCCGAUUCUAAAGAAUCAGAAUCAUCAAAUCUUCAGGCGAAAGAUGAUGAUGAAGAAAAGGAAGAAAAAGAAGAAGAAGAUGAUGAUGAUGACGAUAUGUGGAUUACAUUUCACCCUACAGCAGAAAACGAUGGUGAUUGUUGCUUGAUUGGAUAUCACGAGAAGCAACCUUUGAAGGUUUUAUUCACCCUAGGGGGGACUACUCACAAUUUCAUUAAUGAAACCCUAGCAGAUAAGCUAGGUUUUGAGUCAUACCCAAUAAAGACUAGAAAUGUUAUCUUGGGUUUUGAAAGAAUGGUGACUUCAAGAGUAUGCAAAAAUUUUCAAUUCUCGGUGCAAGACAACUUAUUUACUGUGAAGCUAUAUCUUGUCCCAUUGUCUUCAGAUUAUGAGAUUGUAUUAGGAAAUCAGUGGAUAUGAACUCUGGAGAAUUUUAUCUUUCAACAUAAGUUUUGCAAUUUUAUACUUUAAAGGUAAAAAUGAUUUUGAGUUUCAAUGAAUCAUUUGAUGAUGAAGAUGAAGAUGAAGACAACAAGCGCAGAGACUCCGUUGAGUUUUACUAAAUCUUUGUCCUAAAGGGGUUUUUAGGAUUGAUUUAUUUGUAAAACCUCCUUUCAUGUUUCGAUAGGAAAAUAGUAGUGUGGGAUUAAGCUAUUAAGCCCACAAGUUUAUGUUUCUUGCAAUUUUCAUGUAGAGGAACUACUUGUAGUCUUCCUUACUUAAUUGUUGUCCGUUACAAUUUAUGAAGUUUUCUUUGUUCUUGCAUUAA